AUUAUAUAAAGACUGUCAUACAAAAAAGUUUAAUUCUUAUAUUUUAAAUUAUAAUGAAAACAUAUAAUCUUAAUCUCAAGUUAUUAAUUAAUCUUAAGAAGAUUAUCUUAGUGUAUUAAGUCAUAAUAUGGGUUUAUUAACUUCUAAACCUACGCAAAAAGUAAUCAGCUUUUUAAAAGAAAACGGAAAGCCACAUUCUAGUGUCUUAAAGCCAUUGGAUAUGAAUUAUUUAUUCAUUAUUGAAGGAGAUUUAGAUGAAAGUUCAUAAUAAUAAAUAAUGAAAUCUCCUCUUUAAUCAAUCAUCGAAUUAAAUGAAGAAAAAGAUAAUCUUCUUUUAGACGCUAUAUUUAACUUAGAUAAUCCAUAAUCAAUAAUCAAUUAAACUUAAUAAUUCGAAAAUUAAAGAAAAGAAUUUUACAUUUAUUCUUAAUAAGAAUAGUCUUUCGAAAAAUACUAAGAUAUUUUCGGUUUAAAAUUAUUACAAAAUCAAGACGGAAAUUUAUAUUUAAAAGAUGUUUAAAUUAACAAAAAUUAUUUUAAACAAAUGAAAUUAUAAAAAUGUGUAAAUUAAGUAUUAGAUUCUUAAUAUAGUUUUGAUGCUUAAAAAAACUUAAUAUCAAAGAAAAAUAGUUUAUAAUAAAUUAAAAUAACAGAAAAUAACAAAGAAUCUGUGAAAUAAUUCUUAAAUGAUAUUUGUGCUGCAAAUAUAUUAUCAAGUUCAUUUGUUGCAGGAGAUUAGCCUACUUUCUUAACAAUUCAUAUUUCUUCCCUUCCUUUAUUAAAACAAAAUGUUUCUGAAUCAGAAUUUGAACUUUCAAUGGAAAUUUUAUCUUUAAUUAUAAAAAAUGUAUCGUUUUUUUAUAUAUGUUUUUAAUUUUAUAAAAAAGGCUACUAAAAAUUUUGAUAGAAAACUCCUUUCUGAAAAUGUAUAUGGAUAAGUUAUUUUUAUUUAAGAAAAUGAAAAAUAAUUAUUAAGUUCUUCACAUUUGUUCGAAAGAAUUUAAUCUAAUAGCUAAUAUAGAAUUUUAGCUUAAACUUCAUAACUUACAAAAUCAGUAUUUUAUUAUAAAUUUUCUAAUUUUUAUUUUAAAAUUUUUUAUUUUAAGUAAUAAUAUUCAUAAUCUUAUGUUUUGAGAGCUUGGUUUGGAUUUUUCUUUACAGCUUUAGUAUUUUUUGUUUGCUAUGCUAUGUUUAGUUUAGAUAUUUAAAAG